AAGAGCACCCGUUUAAAGUUGCGCGAUUAUAUGUAUCUUACAAUUAGUUGCAAAACAUUCGGGGGCAAACUGGUGAAAGUAGAAGAAAGUACUACACCGUACUACAGAGCACAGAACAAUGUGAUCUCCACAAGAGCGCUGUGAUAUGAACUAGAAUGGUGAAAAUUAUUUAUUUAUUUAAUAAUAUGAAGGUAUCAAAAGGGCUGAGAUACCUGGAGUGCUUGAGGUGGUCUUAUACCGUGCCCAUAUUGUGUUACAUCGCAUUUUUCUUUAUGAUAUGGAUGCUAGCAGUGCCGCUUAAGCCGAAGAUAAAAAUUUCCAAAGAAAUAAAGCUGCAGCCGCCGGAAGAUUCCUUUGAAAUAAGGAUAAAAAACAGUAAUUUUGAUUCCGAUAGGAAAGGCGAGCAAGCCUUGCUGGAAGACAAGAACGAAUACCUAGUUAAUGUUAAUAAUGAAGAAAAUUCCAAUAAGGACAAGACGCAGAUCCUGACGGAGGUUUUUCAAAAAGCAGAUAAAGACAAAAAUGGGAAGCUAGAUUCGAAGGAGCUUUCGCAGUGGAUAAGGACGAAAAUCGUAGAACACAUUUCCUCAGCUGUCAGCAACAAUUACGGAUUGUUCACCCUCAUCGACGUGAAUCCCCGAAAUGGCGUUAUAACGUGGAAAGAGUAUCAUGCUUAUUUCCUCAAAAAGCGCGGGUUUAGCGACAAGUACGUAGAAAAUCACGACGAAAGAAGGCACAAGGGACUGCAAAGGGCCAUAAAAGAACAAAUAAUGAAGGAUAAAGCUUCUUGGAUGGAGGCAGCUCGGUCUAACCCCGACUCGCUGACAUUGGACGAAUUCCUGGCGUUCACCCAUCCAGAAUCCAGUGCUGCCAACCAACUGGCUUUAGUGGACGAACUGUACGACAAAUUUGAUAGAGACGGCGAUGAAUUGCUGACUGAAAACGAAUUCGCCAUUUUGCAAACUGAAGGUAACGGGGACGAAACCCUGAUCGUCCGCCAGGACGAGAACGAGCGGCGGGCAGAAUUCCGCAAAUCCAUCGACCUCAACGGCGACGGUAAGGCGGACAGGCGGGAACUCCUGCACUACGUGGCGCCCCAGAGCCCCAGGCACAGCGAGCAUGAGGCCGAGGCGCUUUUGGCGCUCGCCGACAACAACCACGACGGCAUGCUUUCCUUGGACGAGAUCCUCGCGCACCCGGACUUGUUCCUGAAGUCGAAGAUGGUGGACACCGCCAGAAGCUUUCACGACGAGUUUUGAACGGUUGAAGGCGCCUCGAAAUACGAUGCAGAAAAAUGAAAUUAAAAAAAGUAAAUAAAAGCUCGUAAUAAGUUUUUUGCACAA